AUGCAAGCCCUAAUGCAUAUGAUGAAUUCCGGUAAGAGCUGUUCAGUUUUAAAAUUUACGAGAUCCUCUCGAGAUGCAUACGUUCCGACUAAAGGCUCGGAUCAAGCAGCCGGAUUCGACUUGAAAAGUAUUGAAGAAGUUCUUGUCCCGGCACGAAGUAAGGCGCUUAUCAACACUGGCAUAAAAAUAGAAUUGCCUUUUGGCUGCUAUGGACGUAUCGCCGCACGAUCGGGACUUGCGUUGCACCACUCUAUCGAUAUAGGGGCCGGAGUUAUCGACCCUGAUUAUAGAGGAAUCGUUCAAGUUUUGCUGUUUAACCAUUCUGACAAAGUUUUUCGCGUCAGGAAAGGUGACCGUAUUGCUCAGUUAAUUUGCGAAAAAAUUUACUUGCCAGAAUUGGAAGAAGUGUCAGAGUUGCAAUAUAGCCAGCGCGGAGAAAACGGAUUCGGAUCUACAGGGACUAACUAG